AUUGUAUUGUUUAUUCUUGUUGUUGAAAACAAAUGUUUUAGAAAGUUGUUUUAAUCUCUAUAAGAACUUGAUAGUAUAUAAAGAUAAUGUAAAAUGUUCAUCAAAUAAAUUCCAGAAUACGUUCCUGUCUGGAGAAAAGCAAUUGGUUCUUCGUUGCUAAGGCAAUAUGGAUUCAACUUCAGUAACACAGUUCUGCUUAUCUGACAUCAACAAUAGAAUACGUGAUUUUUCAAGUUACUUGUAAUUUCAUUCCCAUUUCAACUUUUUAAUAUCAGGCAAAAUUAUAAAACAGGCAAGAUGAAUCGUCUGAUUGAAACCAAGAACAUUUUUAAAUUCAUCACCAAAGAAAUCACAACAAAAUGUGCUGCCAAAGGACAAAACAUCAGCACUGCUUGUGCAUUGAGGAUUAUGAAGAUCACAAUGCAGAACCCUGAGUACGAGUUUGGUGCUGAGAUGCUGACCAGAGGACAGAUACAACAGCUGAUCAUGACGUGUGUCAGCAAGUUAACAGACUCCAUAGGGUCCUCAUCUAGGACUAUAGAGAUGCAAGUUUACUUCAGUUCCCACUAUGCCACCAAAGACGAGAUCAUAAUGGAGCACCGACGCACAGUCCUGUCUCGUACCGAGCCAUUGAUAGCCGAGAUUAAGGAUGCUGUAGUUACCUCCAAUGAAGAUAUGAGACACCUCUACCGUAAACUUGUAGUAGUGAUUACACUCCUCUCUGGUCUGGGCAAUCCGACUGCUAGCACUGUGCUCAAAGAGGCUACAGCUGCAUUACACAGUGUCUUUCCACUGUCAGAACUGACCCGCUUCAUGACACUGUCUGAUGAUGACAAAAUGCGACAGAUUGUUGAACUGAAACAGAUUGUCUCAGGAAUUCGGUUGUUCAACAGGGACUCCCACAAGGGUGGAGAAGGCAUUGAUGAUAUGCCAACCAUCCUACAGCAGGCUGUUGCAGCAACAAGAGACCUACUGAUGCAGGCUAUACAAGAAACCCAGGAGCAAGUAGAGCGACUGACAGGCUAUCUAGAGACAGUGUACUGUGAGACAGUGCAAGCAGAUUCUGACACGCUGAGAGUUAGUGUUGUUACACCAGUGAUUGCUGAUGAGGAGCUGGCCUUGCUCAAGGAAAACACUGUGCAUCUCAUACAGUACCUCAUCUAUUUAAGGACAUUACUGGAUGAUGUGCAAAUGUGUGAGAAAGAUAUAGUCAUUUUGUGCUCUCGAGUGACUGAGAGGUUGCUGCAACUCCACGACACAGUACGGUACCGCACAGCCAUCCCAACCAACCAGGUCUAUCCACAAUUUAUGGAUUUAUCUAUGUCUUGGUUUAGUCUUCAAAACCAAAUGAUCAUUUUGAGCACUCUCAGUCAGAUAAUUUAUACUCUACAAAACAUGGCUAAGGUUCAACCGCUAUCAGAUGAAAACAUCCAGAUUUUGAGCAGUCAGCAAAAAUCAACCUCAGCAAGAAUUUCAAUGUUGGAUAGAGUAAAAAAAAUAAAACCCUCAAAAGUGAAGUGUGAGGUUUUGGAAUUGGUCAAUAUAGAAAACUGUGAUCCUAAAAAGAUACAGUAUUAUGGACACUGUGCUUUUAGGUUUGUAGAAAUGGAUGGAUGUCUUUUUCCUGCAGUGUUGUCGUUAGGUCUGCUUCGUUACAAAGGUCUUCUGUUCGCCUUUAGCUCAGUUGAGGCAGCCUACACGUUUGGAAGGGAUCCUGACAGAUACUAUCAACACGGUUUGGAUAUAGUAGUGAGGCGACCAGAACUCAUAGUGCUGUUCAACAUGGACGAGCAGAUCCAGAACUUGAAACCAAGUUGUAAAAUGGCAAUGUCUGCGGUAGUCCAGAAAUGUGACUCUCAAACACAGACUGAGACCCACCCAGUUCCUAGUCAUAUAGAUCCUACCUACUCAUGGAAUAUAUGGGACUACAAGAGGCAAGCUGUUCAUCUGGCAGACAUAUGUAAGUCUGUAACUCACAGCACCCAGACAAUAGAGAGCACCAAGCGCUUGCAUAUCGGUGUGCAAGCUACUCCUACCAGGAGCGCUGGUAUGCAGGUGAUGCAGCACAGUGCUACCAACACUGCCACUCUCCGCAGCUACAUCGUUGGCCUGCGAGGUAACUGGCUGCGGGACCAGUUUAUGGCCAACAAUCUCUGGAGCUACUUGCCCAAGUGUACAGGAACUGAAAAAACGUCCAUUGAUUAUUCAUAGAUGUUGACCAAUAAAUGAUUUUUGUGAUGUCUAUAAAAAAAUAAUUUCUUAAUUUUUC